ACAAGCUGGCUGCGGCGCACGCGCAGUGCUCAGAGGAGGCCAUGUUAAAGUUACAGUGAAGUCAGGCUGUGAUAUUUUCUGACGACGUGUGUUUAUAUUGUAUUUUUUUCGUUGUAUGUGGUGUCAGUGUUACAACAAAUAUAGCGACUGGAUAACUAAACCGGGGACCUAAAAAUGGCUUCCACUUUCGACCUUUCAAGGCGAAAUCCGCAAGAGGAUUUCGAGCUAAUACAGAGAAUUGGGAGCGGGACCUACGGAGAUGUAUACAAGGCUCGGAACGUCACCACAGGGGAGCUGGCGGCCAUCAAGGUCAUCAAACUGGAGCCCGGGGAGGACUUCGUGGUGGUGCAGCAGGAAAUCGUCAUGAUGAAGGACUGCAAGCACUCUAACAUCGUGGCCUACUUUGGCAGUUACUUAAGGAGAGAUAAAUUAUGGAUAUGUAUGGAAUAUUGCGGGGGAGGGUCCCUACAAGACAUAUAUCAUGUGACGGGGCCUCUCACAGAAUCACAAAUAGCCUACGUGUCUCGAGAAACUCUUCAGGGUCUCUACUAUCUACACAACAAAGGGAAAAUGCACAGAGACAUAAAGGGAGCAAACAUACUGUUGACAGACAACGGGUACGUCAAACUAGCUGACUUUGGCGUCUCGGCCCAAAUCACGAUGACCAUUGCCAAGAGAAAAUCCUUCAUCGGCACACCUUACUGGAUGGCACCCGAGGUGGCAGCCGUAGAGAGGAAGGGCGGGUACAACCACCUGUGCGACAUCUGGGCAGUGGGCAUCACCGCCAUCGAGCUGGCAGAGCUGCAGCCGCCCAUGUUCGACCUUCACCCGAUGAGGGCCCUGUUUUUAAUGACCAAAAGUAACUUCCAGCCGCCCAAGUUGAAAGACAAGGUGAAGUGGACCAGUAAUUUUCAUCAUUUUGUAAAGAUAUCGUUGACGAAAAAUCCAAAGAAAAGGCCCUCUUCAGACAAGCUGCUGCAGCAUCCCUUUGUCUCGCAACCCCUAAGUCGAACGCUGGCCAUCGAGCUCUUGGACAAGGCCAGCAACCCGGACCACUCCUCCUACGACGACCACUUAGAUGACGAGCCCGAGGAGCCUGAGGAGCCUCCAGUACCUGUGCCGCAUCGGAUUCGCUCCGGGAACACACGAGAAGGGAAGACACUCUCCGAGAUCAACUUUGAUCAAGUCAAGUUUGAUCCCCCGCUUAGGAAGGAGACUGAACCUCAUCACGAACCAGCACCCGACUCUGACGAUUUUUUGGACUGUGUGGAAGAACAAUACUACACUGCAAGAUCUAACAUGGACUUGCAGAUGGAUUACGAAGAGGGAUCUCCCAGAAGUUCCUUCUUGGGAGGGCAUAAGAGUCUUCUGAAAUCGGUGGAGGAGGAGCUAAUCCAGAGGGGACACGAGACUCAUUUAGAUGAUGAUGAUGAUGAUGAUGGUGGUGACCAUGAUGAUGAAAUGCAACAUGCCAAGGGCUCCACAUUGCGGCCCAAAGAGCCUCCACCACCGCCUCCCAACGUUAAGCCCAUCCCCAUUCCACAGGAUAGUGCCAACUCCCACGCUCACCAUGGCUCCCCUGCUCACCAUGGAUCCCCCGGUCUCUACGGCUCCCCCGGUGACCAUGACGACCACGGCGGGACCAUAAAGCGGUGUCCGGCCGCCGAGAGCCCCGCCCGCUCUGCCACCCAUGUUCCGCCCAGGCCGCCACCCCCCAGACACCCCCCACACAGGCAGCUUAGCUUAGGCAAUGGGUUCAGCUCGUCAGAAGUGAGUGGGGAUGCUGGUGGUGCCGAGAAGCAGUCUACUAUGCCACCUAGCGUCACCACGAGGAAGGACAGGAAAGAGAUUCCGAAACCAAUCAGUAAUGGCCUUCCCCCUACGCCAAAAGUCCACAUGGGAGCCUGUUUCUCCAAAGUCUUCAAUGGCUGCCCUCUAAAGAUCCACUGUGCGGCGUCUUGGAUCAACCCCGACACGAGAGACCAAUACCUGCUAUUUGGUGCCGAAGAGGGCAUUUACACUCUAAAUCUCAACGAACUACAUGACUCCUCCAUGGAACAGCUCUUUCCCCGGAGGUGUACGUGGCUUUAUGUCAUGAGUAAUAGUCUGCUCUCCAUAUCUGGAAAAGCUUCUCAGCUGUACUGUCACAAUCUGGCGGGUCUGUACGAGCAUGCUCGACAGAUGCAGAAGCUGCCAAUGGCCAUCCCCACCCACCGGCUCCCAGACAAAAUCAUUCCAAGGAAAUUUUCCAUCUCCAAUAAGAUUCCCGACACCAAGGGAUGUCAGAAGUGCUGUGUGGUGAGAAACCCUUACACGGGCCACAAGUACUUGUGUGGGGCCUUCCAAUCCAGUGUGGUCAUGUUGGAAUGGGUGGAGCCCAUGCAGAAGUUCAUGCUUAUCAAGAACAUUGACUUUCCCCUGCCCUGCCCGAUGGAGGUGUUUGAGAUGCUUGUGGUGCCCGAGCACCAGUACCCCCUCAUCUGUAUGGGCGUCAGCAAGGGCACGGAGCUCAACCAGGUGGUACGCUUUGAGACGCUGGACCCCAACACCGCUUGCCCCUGGCUCAAAGAGUCUGACACUCCACAGACCUGUGUAAUCCAUGUGACUCAACUGGAAAGAGACACCAUUCUUGUCUGCCUGGAUCGAUCCAUUAAGAUUGUGAAUCUGCAGGGGAGGCUGAAGUCCAGUAGAAAGCUUUCAGCUGAGCUGACGUUUAAUUUCCAGAUUGAGUCGAUAGUCUGCCUUCAAGACAGUGUUCUGGCUUUCUGGAGACAUGGCAUGCAAGGGCGGAGUUUCAAAUCUAAUGAGAUUACACAGGAGAUUUCCGACAACACCAGGAUAUUCCGACUCCUAGGAUCAGACAGGGUUGUGGUGCUGGAGAGCAGACCUACAGACAACCCUACAGCACACAGCAACCUAUACAUCCUGGCUGGACACGAGAACAGUUACUAACCACCCUGCGCUCUGGGAACCAGGGUCCUGUUCAGUAGGCAUAAAGCUUUCUGAAACGGAGUGCUACAGGGAUGUACAGUCUGAACCUGUCCAAUAAGAAACCUUAGUUUCAUUGUCGGUUGCAAAACAUUAUUUCAUUGUAUGCCUUAAUGAACAUGGCCCAGGAUUGGUUUCAGUUACAUUUUAAGAGGUUAUAAAUCUGAAUGAAAUUCAUUCAUUUAAAAUUGCAAUUAGGUUUAUUUUUCUAUGAUUAAAUUGGAAUUCAUGUCCUGAAAUUAAACUAUGGAACUGACCCCAUCCCUGAUAGGAACAGACUAUGAUGAGGAGGACAUGUCUGACUCUGCAUCUGAGACCAAGGAAUUGCAAUCGGACUAUUCAUCGAGCAAGCGACCUUUGAUAUGUCCGGUUUUUAAUCGAACCUUAUGAUUUGAAUUGUAAGUCGACAUUUAUAGUAACACAAACCCACAUUCCUGGAUAUCACACUAUUUCAAUAUUGACCAACUUCUGAGAGCAUGCAUCCUUACCUGACAAGUGCUUGACCGAUGUGUUUGUAAUUAAUGUAAAUAGAAUAUUGAGGUUGUACACUAUAAGUAUGUCAUGUAGAUAACCAUGCUGCAUAUAUUUUGUAAAGUUGCCCCCCAACUUAAGAGAUAUAAAGAGUUGUUGCCUAAUCAAUGUGGGGUACUACUUUUAAGGGCUUGUCAACUAAUGUAAUUUUACAAAACAGUGGUAGGAUGUCAAAGAGCAAAGUGUCUGUUCAUUUUGAUCAUGUGUUGCCUUUUUUUAAUAUGUUAGACUCGUUUUGAUAUGAAGCCAUAUGCAAUGUCAUUUUAUUUUCACACACUUUAAUUCCAACCCCAUAGAAAGUUGUCAAUUCUCAGAUAUGCACUGGUUGUGAAAUUUGCACAUAGUUGUACGCAAUAAAACACUUUAUUCUUACAUUUAAGGCAUGGUUAAGUUGUGCUUAUAACAAAGUAUAUGCAUGAGUGCAUUAGAAAACAUCAUACUACACACUUUAGAUGUAAACUCAGACAAAUUUAACCAGGCAAUAUAAGGUUUAUUUUUUUACAUACACGCCAACGCUAUUGUUAAAACUGCAUUCAAACUGAAGAGACUCUGGGCAGUUGUACCAUCUUAGAAUCUUUUUCUGUAUGGUGGCCAAUGAGUUGAAUGUUGAAUGUUUGCUAAAUUGCAUUGUUCAUAUGGUUUGUUCUGGUGUUUGGGCGUCAUAGUAAGGCCUCUACCUCAUGCAUUGGGGAGUCAGUGGGAAUAUGUGGGGCCAAAUUGAACAUGUAACACUAAAUGUGAUUUGCCGACUCCAUGUAGCUUACACAACUAAAGGAGGGUAUGAUGAAGUACAAGGAUUUUCUGACUUGGUUUCUUUCCAUAUUGCUUUGGUGUCAUGUAAAUACAGUAAAAUAAAAUUGCUUAAUUGUGCCUGUACAACUGCUAAUAUUCGAACAUGUUACAUAUUAAACAUUUUAACUCACAAUGGGCUAAAUUGAUUGACUGAUGAGCCAUAGGAAGCCUGUUAUUUUUCUCCAACAUUUUAGACGGUAUGAUGAAGUAUAAGGAUCUUCUCACUUGGUUUCUUUCCAUAUUGCUUUUGUGUCAUGUAAAUAUUGUACAAUAAAAUUGCUUAAUUUCGCCUGUACAACUGCUAUAUUUGGACAUAUUAAACAUUUUAACUCA